AUGUUACCGCUUCUACUGAUCGCUCUCUCAUUAUCUUUAGUUCAAGCGGAUAAGCUUAUACUAUCACAAAUUGUUUUUCGCCAUGGUGCUCGUGGAUCUAUGGAGAGACCGACUACAAAGGAAGCCGAAGAACAUUUUUUCAGAGGAACUGGACAGCUUACUGAUGAAGGAAUAGAACAAGCUUAUAAUUUGGGUAAAGAACUUCGCUUAAGAACGCAAGAUCUUAUUGAUAUGAGAAUGAUUCCGAAUCAAUUCGAAUUCGAAAGUAGUCCAUCGGAUAGGUGUAUUCAAACAGCUCAAGCAGUAGGAAUGGGCCUAUUCAACAAUACGAAGUCUGGACUGUCUCGAGUUGUUCCAGUUCAUUCAAUACCCGUGAAAGACAAUUGGUUCUUAUUUCCUAACUUCUGUGAUUCCAUGACCCGUGAAUUAGGAGAAGAAUUGGGAAUGGCUGGAGAAUAUAAUUAUUAUCAAGUGCUGAAAUAUAAGUUCGAGAAGUUGUGCAAAGUUUCCAGAUACUGGGAAGACCCUUCUCAUUGCCGGAAAAUUGAAGCAUAUACGUUCGAGAAUGAUGCAAAGCUUGCUGUUCCCGAUUGGUUAGAUGAAGACGCUCAAAACGAAGGAAAAAAAUUGAGAAGCGAGGCUUUACAUUAUAUUUCUGGAUCAGGGAAAUAUAAAAAUUCUAUGUAUAUCCAACAAAGAAUCGGUCUAUUACUGGAUAAAAUUUUAAAUAGGAUUAAUGAUACAGCGGAGGCUUACGCAUCGGGGAACAAUUACAAAAAGCUGUACGCUUAUUCAACUCAUGAUAUCAUGAUUAUGCCCUUGGCUGAUGCUAUUGGACUGAAUAUUUUCUACGAUGAGCUGCCAACAUUUGUCGGAGCUUUAUUAAUUGAGCUUUGGGAAAUUGACGAAGAGUUCAAAGUUAAGUUUUUCUACCGAAGAGAUUCUGGUUCGUUCCUUCCCAUAACACGAAAUGUAGGAAUCUGUGGCAAUCAAGAGAUUUGUAACAUCUCUGAUGUGGUUGAUUGUUGCAGUGAUUAUCGUCAUCCGGAGCCUUGGAAAUUAUGCGGGACAAGUGGGUUCGAUAGUUCGUCUAGAGGUAUAUCAGUGAUAUUGGCUCUGUGUAUUGCAGUAAUAGGAUGCCUCUAUUAG